AUGCUGCGAAACGUUGGCAAGGUUUUAAACUUAUACUUUUUGUAAACUCUUAAAACCCUCUUAAACAGCUAAUUUUUUAUAUGUUUUCUUUUCUUUUCUCAGUUUGGUGGUUUGAAAGUUACUGCUGUCCUGCUUUUUGUGAUCGCAGCCUCGCAAGUUAGUAAAUUUGGAAGAGCCAAAGCCGCAAAAGCAGAAUCUAACCUUAAGACGCAUACAUGGAAAUAUGUGGAAGACUACAACCCUGAAAUCUUCCUAGAAGAAAACUACGAUAAGAGUGACGAUGACUUUUUAAAUGUAUUCCAAAAAAAAGGGGGAUCAUGUUCGAGUGCAGAGAAUUGUCGAAUGUUAAAUAACACCUGUUUCAACACGAAAGAAGCGAGAAGAGAUGCAUGUAUAUCAGGAGGAUGUUCCUGUAGAACCAAUAAUGGCCGAUACCUGUUAAGAUGUGAUGAGUGUUUUUACGCAGGAAAUUAA